GAGGAAUUCCUUCCGAGUACGCGAGAGAGAAAGCGAGAGUGCAGGGGAAGCAUCCAGCCUGGGGUCUCUGGCAGAAUCGGGAGGACACAGUUCCCCAGGGUCAGUCAUUGAGUGGCGCGGAAACAAGGAAGGAUUCUACGAAACUAAAACAGGGAGCAACGGAGGGGCCGGGCAACAAAGGGUGGGAGAUCAGCAGCAGGAAACCGGGAAUAGGUCAGAAAGAAAGAAGCCUCGUCCUGGUCAAGAGGAACAAUCUUGAAGGAUUCGUCCCUAGACAAAAAUCUCAUUAAAAACCUCCACGGACUUCUAUAUAAGAGCAUUCAAUUCAGAUUAGCUAGUUAGCCUUUGAAAUCUUGUUCUGCUCCUAUUUAGAGUGGUAAAAAGAAGGUUUCCGCUCCCCCACCCUUUCCCUCAUUAUAUUUUGGGGGAGUUCUAAUCCGAGUUAGUGAUUGUGAGUGAAGAGGUAAAGGGUGGUAGUGAUUGCAGUGGCUGGUAGUAGUGAAGAGUGGUAGUGACUGAAAGGUGAUAGUAAGUACACAGAGGCAGUCAAGUAAGCUUUGAGGGGAAGGGACUUUCCUACUGAGAAAGGCACAGGGGACACUCUUGAACAUCCCUUGGCACAGACUGACCUUGCUAUGUCCACCAGCAGUUGUAGUUUUGCAGACAGGUGUGUGUCCGUGCUGUGCUGCAGGUUCUGCCAACAAGUGCUAAGUUCACGGGGCAUGAAGGCUGUGCUGUUGGCUGACACGGAAACAGAUCUCUACUCCACAGACAUCCCUCCCACCAGCACUGUUGACUUCAUUGGGAACUGCUAUUACACUGAAAUCUGUAAGUGUAAACUGAAGAAUAUCGCUUGCUUGAAAUGCGGUAAUAUUGUAGGUUACCAUGUGAUUGCUCCAUGCAAACCUUGCUUGCUUUCCUGCAACAAUGGACACUUCUGGAUGUUUCAUAGCCAGACUGUUUUUGGAAUCAACAGGCUCGACUCUUCGGGUACAAACUUACUGCUUUGGGGUAAUUUGCCAGAUUCAGAAGAGAGUACAGAUGAAGACAUGUCUGGCAUCUCUGAAGAAGAGUACAUCAGAUAAUUGUCAACAGUGGGCUUCAUGGCGUGUCUCUCACAUUCACUGGGAACUGGAUGUGCAAAUUCCAGGAAGGCAGUACAAAGGGAAACAAAAACAUUUCAAAGGAUAAUACCUGUUGACCUUAUACUGUCUGAUCUAGCAAGCAUCCUGUUGUAUGUGAAGGUCAAACUGCAGUCCUUUCUUGCACAUAUUCUGGAGAGAUACCUGCCAUCUGUAUGCAUAUCUGGCUUCUGCUAUUGCUCCUUUCCUAAAGGACAGUGUUGUUACAGACAAGAAUCUGCUGAGAUCAGAAAAAUAAGUGAAUUCCCCAUCAUCACCACGAUGUUUGUACUAAGAGUGUUGCUAACAGAGAAGAAUCAUGUGGUAUUUGAUGUACGGUGUGUUAUCUCUUGGCCUGCAUGACCUCUUUUUAUUCCAGCACGGCUGACUGGGACAGGGGCUAUGCAUGGCCUCUCUUCAGGGCCAUGGUUAAUGCUGCUGCACAGAGAGCUGGCAGUGAAUACUGACACAGUGCUCUUGGCAGCUUUCCAGAAUCACGUGUUUGUAUAACAUAAGAGAAGAGCAUUGAGAAGCUUUUAAGUCGAGGUCCUGUUGCAUGAGUUGUGCAAGUGUAGCGCAGUGUUCUGUUCUGUUAAAAGCUAGUUUUUGAGGAAACCCACUGAAUAGAUGGGUGUCUUUUUUUCUUUUUCUUUUCUUUUUUCUUUUUGCUGCCAGCGCUUAUGUGGCCAGCAAAUGUGAUGACAUAGCUUGUAAACUGGCCUGUUUCCCUGUUCUUAAUGGAAACAGAAGAUGCACAGCAAUGGUAAUAAAAGAACUAGGAACCCCUG